ACAAAUUAUCGUCGCAAAUUAUUUGCACGUCUUGCUUCAAUGCAUAUAAAUAUCAUAUUAUAUAUCUACGUCAUAUAAUAUCUCAAGAUAUAAAAAAUACUGAAGUCCAUUUACGGUACCUAUAUACUUUGCUUUACUUGAGUACAAGUGAAAGUGUAUAAUUAAGACCGAGUACAUUCCAGUUCUCUAUAUAAAAAACUACCUCAUUUAUAAUGGAGAUGUCUCAUUAUCAGAAAAAGAGAGCAAUAGUACUUGCAAUUGACGUUGGAAAAAAUUCUCUACAGMGAGAUUUAGAUGGGAAAACUUAUUUUGAAAAAUCCAUACAUUGUGCAUCUAUAAUUUUAAAGAGAAAAAUAUUCAAAGGAAGUGAAGAUCAUUUGGCAUUGGUAUUGUUUGGGUCAAUUCAUACAAUUAAUCAUCUCUCAUCACAAGAAUGUUGUUAUGACAGUAUAGAAAUUGUUUCUGGUUUAAAUGUGGCAUCUAGAGAUUUAGUUAAACAUAUUAAUAAUUUAUAUCCUACAAAUAUAACACCUUCGGAUUGGAUCAGUACUUUUGUUCUUGCUGCAGAUAUGAUUAAAAAUGAAAAUGAAAACAAAAUAUACUCUAGCCUCCAGAUUAUUAUGUUUUCAAAUCUUGCUACUGAUAUCUCUUUUGAAAAUAUUGAUAUAAUAUCAACCUGUUUAAGAAGAGAAAAUAUUAGAUUAACUAUAAUAGGAAACAAUUGUGAAGUUAUACCACUCAACCCUUCGUUAGAUUUAUUUAUUAAGAUAGUUGAUGUGACCACUAUAAAUUCUAGAUGGUUAUUCAAUAAUAACUAUGAUACACAAUAUUCAACUACAAAAAAUAAUUCUGGUGAAAAAGAUAAACAAAUGGUAGAUGCACUUAAUGAUAAACCUAUAUCAGUUGAUGAUUCUGACACAGAUGAUGAGAGCAGCACUAAAAAGAAAAGUCCAAAGUGUUUACAAGUACUGGGUUUUAUUAAAACUACCGAUACACAAAGAUCAUUUUUUAUGGAAGGAGGAUCAUAUAUUUAUAAACCCCAUAAAAGAGAUAUUAUUACAUUUAAUAGUAUUUUCCAAUUUAUGGUUGAAAGAGAAGAAGCAAUGGUGGUUAGAAAAAUUGAUUUAUACAUCAAUUUGUUAAACAUUGGUUUACUGUUUCCCCAAAAAGAAGAUAAUGAAAAAUUUUUCGUUUAUGUCCAUCUUCCAUAUGUUAAAGAAGAUCAUUUGUAUCAACUUCCAUCAAUAACCGAAGUUCUACAACUUAUUCAUGAUAAUAUUCCUAAGCAUAACGAUAAGAAUGGAUUUGUCAUGCCGGAAAUUAAAUACGACCCUCAAUUACAAUCUUUGUAUGAUUGUAUUGUUCAAAACUUAAUUCCAGAUGAAAUCUCGUCAACAGCAAUAAUUCCAGAGCCAAUUUCUAAAAGCAUAAUGGAAAUUACUGUACCGCCUUUAAAAGAAUUUAUAAAUACAUCCUCACUUCCACAAGAAGUUUCUGAAGAUUGUCCAAUUGAAGAUAAUAUUGUAGAGAUGAUAGACGAAACAAUAUUGAUUGAAGAUAAUAUUGUUGAGUUGCAAGAGGAAACGAUACUGAUUGAAGAUAAUAAUCCUACAGAAUUCAUUCAUGAUGGAGGUUUGAACGUUUCAAAAGAAUGUGUGAUUACAGAAAUGAACCCGAUAGAAGAUUUUUAUAAACUGUUAGAAAAUGGAUUAGACUCUGCAAUUGUUUGUAAGAAGAUGCAAUACGUAACUCUAAACUUAAUAGAGAAAAGUACAAAUCUAGAAGAUUUAAUGAAACCAACAUUAACUUUGAAGGUUUUAAGAGAAUAUUAUAUUGUAAAUAAUGAUGUGAAGUCUUAUAAUAAUUUUAUGUAUCUUGUAAAAGAUGCAGUUAUUAUAGCUGSUAAAGAAGAUAUGUGGUCAAAAUUCAUUGUUAGUGGAAUAGGACUUAUUACAAACCAAGAAAUAGAAGCAAGUGAUAUUUCACAAGAGUCAUCUGAAGAGUUUUUACAACUGCCAGAAGACCUUGAUAAUGACUUUAUUAUUGAUGAYGAUAAUCCAUUGAAAAAAUUUUUGUAGAUGGAAUCAAGUAUAACUGAAUUAUAUUAUAUUAAUUAUAUUAUAAGUGAAUUAUUUUAUUG